GUUCUGACCUUCAAAAGAUAAUAUACGUUUAAUAUUCGAUGAGUUUUCGGUGAUACGUUUCUGACAGCAUGUCCGCAAUGGCCGAUGACUCUACUUCUCUGCCAAAAAGGCGUCAAUUGCGGGAAAGAACUCGAAAGUUGUAUACAGACGACUGGACCAUAGGCGAUGAGGAAAUCGAGGGACGUAGGACUUUCCAGCUCGAUGAAAAAAUUGAGUGCGAAAGAUACAACCUUAGCAAUUUCACUGGAUUAUUUCGUGAAAUGGGUGGUUCUGAAUUAAAUUUAGCAUACCUUCAAAAGCAUGGUCUCAGCAUACCGUUGCUCUUCAGGGAUAAAACUGGAUUGGGAUUACGUGUUCCCAGUUCAAAUUUUACUGUCAAUGAUGUGAGGACAUGUGUUGGUUCCAAGAGGAUAUUGGAUGUAAUGGAUGUUAAUACACAGAAGAAUGAAGAUAUGACAAUGAAAGAAUGGCAGAAGUAUUAUGAAGAUCCCAACAAAGAACGGUUGUUAAAUGUAAUUUCAUUAGAAUUUAGCCACACCAAAUUAGAACAUUAUGUACAAUCACCUGAAUUGGUACGACAAGUUGAUUGGGUAGAUGUCAUAUGGCCAAGACAUCUGAAGGAAGCACAAGUGGAGUCUACAAAUCUGUUGGAAGAUAUGAUGUAUCCAAAAGUGCAAAAAUACUGUCUUAUGUCUGUAAAAGGUUGUUAUACAGACUUUCAUGUUGACUUUGGUGGAACCAGUGUUUGGUAUCAUAUUCUAAGAGGUGGCAAAAUAUUUUGGCUUAUUCCCCCUACUGAGAAAAACUUAACCCUCUAUCAAGAAUGGGUAUUGAGUGGUAAACAAUCUGAUGUAUUUUUUGGAGAUAUGGUAGACAGGUGUGGUAGGAUAACUUUAACAGCUGGCAUGACUUUAUUUAUUCCAACUGGCUGGAUACAUGCUGUUUACACUCCUCAAGAUUCUUUAGUGUUUGGUGGAAAUUUUUUACAUAGUUUUGGUAUUGAGAAGCAAUUGAAAGUUGCACAAGUAGAAGAACAUACAAAAGUACCACAAAAAUUCAGAUAUCCAUUUUUCACAGAAAUGUUAUGGUAUGUUUUGGAAAGGUAUGUUCAUGUUCUUCUAGGCAGAAGUCAUCUGGACAUUUCGGAAUCGCAACGUCAACAUUCAGUACCACAACACCACCAACAUGUACAUCUAACACCGUUUGAAUUACAUGGUUUGAAAGCAAUAGUUAUGUAUUUACAUUCACUACCUUCUACAAAAAAGAACGUGCCUGAGCUAAUUCGUGAUCCUGUUGCCUUAAUUCAUGAUGUUCGGUGUCUGGUAGAACAGCACAGACACGAUAGUCCAGAUGCGGCUGUAACAGGAAAUCCUGUGUUGCCACCUCCGCCUCAGUUAACAAUUGCUGAAAGGGAACGUUUGAAAAUAACUAAGAAAAGUUUUACAAAGAUACCGAGGCACCACUCGCAAGAAAAGUCUGAAAGAGUUUUUCCACGACGGAGGCGUACUAGAUGUAAAAAAUGUGAGGCAUGUACAAGGACAGAUUGUGGAGAAUGUAUGUACUGUCAGGAUAUGGUCAAAUUUGGUGGUAGUGGUCGUGCCAAACAAACGUGUUUAAUGAGGCAAUGUUUGAGGCCUAUGCUCCCAGUAACUGCAGCUUGCAAAGUUUGUCGAUUGGACGGCUGGGGUCAACUGCCUGCGCCAUUAAUGGGAAAACCAACACCUACAGCACCAUCGAGUUUAGUAGAGUGCUCGAUAUGUUUCGACAUUGUACAUCCUGAAUGCAUAGGAUUGGAUCCUCAAAAUAUAACCGUCAGCGACGAUUUACCGAAUAGUUGGGAAUGUCCCCAGUGUUGUGAAAGCGGUAGAAAUCUAGAUUGUAGACCACGUCAACCUAAGGCUCGUGCUCGAAAACUUUCAGUAUCUAGCGCAGCUUCAUCAGCACCCACAACAGAUUCUGAAAGGGCGACUACACCAAGUAAACGUUCAAGACCCGAUCCCAGCGAUGCAUGGAAUGACAGAGAACCGGCUGAGGGCGAACAGCGAACAGCUUUGCGUACACAAUUAGCUGUACAAUUAACUGGUUCAAGUAGUAAGUCAUUGAAGAGGCCCUACGUGGUGGUUAGACCUGUUCCACUUCCGCCUGUUCAAAGACCAGGGCCCGAUUUUAAUGGACAAUCUUUAGCAUAUGACAAAACAGCAUUACUUGCUAUUUUUAGAUUUUUAAAUGCAAAGGACCUGGCGAAUUGUGCCUUGGUUUGCCGUACAUGGGCCAGAUAUAGUAUAGAUCCUAGUUUGUGGAGAAAAUUGGAUAUGUCUCAUUCCCAUCUAACAGCUUUACAUUUGACUGGUAUUAUACGCCGCCAACCGGAAAAUCUGUCCCUUGACUGGACAAAUGUCACUAAAAGACAAUUAGCCUGGCUGUUAAGUAGAUUACCACAGCUCAGAACAUUAUCUGUACAAGGUUGUACGUGGGCCGGAGUCUGUGCUUUAAGAACUUGCACUUGUCCACCACUUGUUACCUUAGACCUAAGUCAUGUAUCUGGACUGAAUGAUUCAAGUUUGAGAGAAGUUCUCAGUCCACCUACAGAUUCGAGACCUGGUCUAAUCGAUAAAACUUCAAGAUUAAAACAUCUUAAAAAUUUAUCUUUGGCUGGAUGUGAUAUAACUGAUGUAGCUUUGAGAUAUAUAGUUCAACAUUUACCUUAUCUUGAAACACUGGAUCUUUCUUCUUGCGGUAGAGUUACUGAUGCUGGUGUAGCUCAAUUGGCAACUCCGCCAGCGCAAGCAGUAACGAACCUAGCAUCACUGAAUUUGGCAAACUGUAGAUUACUCACAGAAGCAACGUUAGAUCAUUUGGCAAGAUGUAAAGUGCUUAAACGCUUGGAUCUCAGACACACAACUCAAGUUUCAACUCAGUCUGUAAUUAAGUUUGCUGCAAAAAGUAUUCAUAAUUUGCAUGUAACUGAUGUUAAGUUAGUAGAAGAAAAGAAGUUUAAAGCAGACGCAAAAUUCACGUGAAAAAAUGUAUCUGUUUGUUGCGAGAAGUUUUGGCAAGUGCAAUUUGGUUACAGUAUAAAAACAUACCGAACGACAAACCAUAAACAUUAUGCCGAAUUUCGAUUAAUAAUUAUUUAUUAUCAUGAAUAUCCAUCAGCACUGUAUCGCAUCUUCAUAAAGUAAGAAAGUGGACCUGACUAGUAUAGGAUUUCUAUUUGAUAAUAUUCAGUUUUACCGAUGUCACUGUGCGAUCUAGGCAGAAAAAAGAUACUUGUAUAUCAUCUGA